AUGUCAUCAAGCCAAGCCUCUUUGGAUUCGAAUGUAGUUCACCAACCCUUUCUUAACCUCAUCGUGCACGGUCAAGCUUCCUCAAAACCACCACAACAUCCCGUACAUACAACAGCCUCACGUGUGAUUGGAUCCUCUUCUUCUGCUCAUUCUUCCAUGUCGAUCAACACCACAACAGCAACCAGUACUCAAAACGAUGACGAAGAAGAAGUUGCAGAUGCAUCGUCUCAGAAAUUACAGAAAACGGCCAAUACGAAUCAUUCCAAUGACAUUCAACAACCGUUUUAUAAUCCAAAUUUUGAUCAUAUUGAUAUUGCAACGUAUUACAAUAGUAGUAGCAGCAAUCAUCAUGAUGCUCUUGUUGGAAAUGAUUUUUCUCAUGCAUAUUCAAUCAACAAGAUGAAUCAUUUCAAUCACGAAGAACAAGGUCAUGAUCCUCAUGAAGAUACACAUCACGUGGAUCCUCAUCAGAAUCAUCAUGCUCCUAUUAAAGUUCCAACACGAAUCUCGAGACGAAAUUUAGUGAUUGGAUUUUUCGUAUUUAUCAUUUUGCACACAUUGGUCAUGUUGUUAGCAUUGGGAUUGUUUUUGGGAUUGUAUGUGGGUGGUGAGAGUUCCAACUCGGGUGGAAAUACGAAUGUGAUUGGAAAUUCUACAAUGCAUGAAAUUAUUUCAGUGACGAAUUGGAGAGCUGUUUGA